CACCGUGCACUGGAAAUGUCCAACCAAACGACUGUUACUGAGUUCCUCCUCCUGGGGUUUUUUGAUGUUCGGGAGCUCCAGAUCUUACACUUUGUUAUCUUUCUAGCAGCAUACUUGGCAGCUCUGAUGAGGAAUCUCCUCAUCAUCACAAUUGCAACUCUUAACUAUAAACUUCAUUCUCCCAUGUUCUUUUUCCUGAUUAAUUUGUCUCUCCAGGACCUUGGCACCAUCUCAGUGACCGUGCCCAAAUCCAUGUCUAAUUCCCUAUUGAACAUCAGGUCGAUCUCCUACUCUGGAUGUGUUAUCCAAGUGUUUUGUCUCAUCUGCUUCUUCGGAGCAAAUUUAUCCCUUCUCACAGUUAUGGCAUAUGACCGAUAUGUUGCCAUCUGCAAGCCACUGCAUUAUGAGAUAAUAAUGAACAGGAAAGCUUGCAUCCAGAUGGCUGCCAGUGCUUGGAUUGCUGGUGUCAUGUACUCUGCAGUGCACACUGGGAACACCUUUAGUCUACCCUUCUGCCACUCAAAUAUCAUCAACCAGUUCUUCUGUGAAGUGCCCCAGCUGCUCAAGCUCUCCUGCUCUGACACAUACCGCAGAGAGCUGGCAGCCCUUGCCUUCAGUGUGUUUUUAGUUCUAGGCUGUUUUGCUUUCAUCGUUGUGUCGUACGUUCAGAUCUUCACCGCAGUGUGGAGAAUCCCCUCCGAGCAGGGCCAUCAGAAAGCCUUCUCCACCUGCAUUCCUCACCUGACUGUGGUCUCCCUGCUUCUUUCCACUGCCAUCAUUGCCUACACGAAGCCCAUCUCUGACAACCUGUCCCCUCUGGAUCUCCUGGCAGCUGUUCUGUAUUCUGUGGUGCCUCCAUUGAUGAAUCCGGUCAUCUACAGCAUGAGGAACAGGGAGAUCCAAGCUGCCCUGAAGAAACUGCUCCAAAAGCUGAUCCGCUCCAAGAACAGUAUGUCCAUGUUUCUUUCAUGACUUUGAGUUACUUAUGUUUCUUUUAUAAUUAACACAUGAAAUUACUGUUUUCAUAUUAUAGUGGGCAGCCUAUUCGCAAAAAAUGAAGUUGGUAGGUUAAUUCUGUAGCUUUGUAUGUACAAUGACACUUGAUUUGGGUCAUUUUGUGUUAACACCAUUGUAACAGGAAAGUAAUGUUUCAUGCAUCAAUUUUACUGUCUGAGCCACCUAAAAUAAAUUCCACCAAUUGCAAGACGAUGAAUAGAAGACUUUUGUUUAC